CUCUUCAAAGAUGGAGGAUGCUUGUGACUUGUAUGGAAGGGCAGCAAACAUGUUCAAGAUGGCCAAGAACUGGAGUGCUUCAGGAAACGCUUUCUCCCAGGCGGCUCUCCUAUACCUGCAGAUGCAGAGUAAACAUGACGCAGCCACAAACUUCGUUGAUGCUGGCAAUGCCUUUAAAAAAUCAGACCCUCAAGAGGCCAUAAACUGCUUGAACAGGGCCAUUGAGAUCUAUACAGACAUGGGUCGAUUUACAAUCGCAGCGAAACACCAUGUCACCAUUGCUGAAAUUUAUGAGACCGAACUGGUUGACAUUGACAAGGCCAUAGCUCACUAUGAACAGGCAGCAGACUAUUAUAAAGGCGAGGAGUCCACAAGCUCAGCCAACAAAUGCCUGCUCAAAGUUGCCACCUAUGCAGCUCAACUGGAGCAAUACCCUAAAGCCAUUGAGAUCUAUGAACAGGUUGCAACACAUGCAAUGGACAGUACUCUGUUGAAAUACAGUGCAAAGGACUAUUUCUUUAAGGCAGCUCUCUGCCACUUCUGUGUGGACAUGCUGAAUGCUAAGCUUGCCGUCCAGAAGUAUGAGGAAAUGUUUCCAGCCUUUUCAGAUUCACGUGAAUGCAAAUUGGUGAAGAAACUUUUAGAUGCCUUUGAGGAACAGAACUUGGAUGCAUAUACUGAUGCUGUAAAGGAGUAUGACACCAUCUCACGACUGGAUCAGUGGCUCACCACCAUGCUGCUUCGUAUCAAGAAAUCCUUACAAGAUGAUGAAAGUGACCUCCGCUAAAAUCCUCUUCCUCCCCUCUGCCCCUUUGCCACUUGCUCUGCCUUGUGCCUUUAACACCAUGACUGCAGUAUGAUGGUCGACUAUCACCAUCUCGCUCUCUUUUACCACCAACUCAACUCUCAGUGCCUUAACGUCCUUGCUUUACCUCUCUCUCUCUCUAUGACACCACCACACCUCAGAGAACACUAAAGAAAGGAAGGCUGGUUGUUUAAAUGGGAUUUGAGAGAGUGUCGCUUGAGAGCUGAAACCAGCUACAGUAAUAUUAUGGGGUGCUGUGCACACCAAGCUUCAGAAAUGCCUUGUGCUCGGGCUGACAGGGCACCCAUAUUACUGAGCUCAAAAAGCCUUUGUUCAUUCUGUUCAGUUCUUUAGUAGUGGCAUAUGUAUUUUUAUUCUUAUUGGAUAUACCAUACCUUGUAUCUCUGCCUAUUUUUUGCUUGCUGAUUCCUGUGUAGACUAAUCUUGAAAAAAAAUUUUUUUUACAUCUGGAGAAGAAAAAGAGUAAAAGAAGGACUGAUUCAACCUAUACAGUGUGAUUUUUAUUGACUCCCCAAAAAGGGAGAAACAAGGGCUGGCCUGUUGUCAUCUUUCUUGCAAUAGGUUAAACUUGUUUUUAAUUUAUUGGUAAUUAUAUAUUACAGUUAGUCUUGCUAUGAAAUCAUUGUUCUCUUAAUAAAGCUAACAAAACUGAAGUUAGGCUUUUUCGAAAUAAACAACAAAAGUUUAUUUCU